AUGGGCGUUCGGCGUUGCGUCGGCGUCGUCUUCUUCAUCGUCGUCGCCUUGGUCGCGCCGCCCGACAUCGUCGCUGCCAAGGACGACGAAAUCGAGUAUUACUACUACGGUGAGAUCUUCUCAAAAAUGGUUUUCAAGAUUGUCGACCACGGAAAGGUAUGAUUUUCAUGUCUUCCUCAAAAGUUGUGACCAGUUUUUGAUAGCAAAACUCUCGAGUUAGAUGAACAGAUAAUAACGGAAAGAAUUUUUCAGACUUAGAUUCUGAAAAAAAAAUCUUUUCAAAGAACAUACAGUCCAUUCAAGACACGGACUGACUUAUAACUUAUCCGUUGCUAUGAACUUAUUAUUAUUUCUAACAGAGUCUUUUUGCUCAAAAAAAAAAACUGGAGAAGAGUGACUGACUGGGAAAAAGGAAGAAAUUUUUCAAAAAGCACGUGAGAAAAGGUGAUAGACUAUCAUUGAUCAUAGUUCUCCGAAAUUCUUUUUAUUUUACAUCAACCGUUAUUCGUGUAACGAGAGUCCCUCCAAUUUUUAAAUCUGCCUUUUUUCUGACUUCUUGAGCCCCUCUCAAAAAAGGUAGUUCAUUAAAGGCAUUGAAAUUUGUUGAAAAUUGGCUUGAAAAAUUUUUUAUGAGCUGAACGAAUUUUCUGAAUUCCUCAAGCUGCGAACAUAUUUUAUUUGUCAAAAAAUAAAUGAAAGAUUUAAAGUUUUAACUUCUUUUAGAGUUGGUAGAAAAGUGUAUUCUCAUUCCGUAAUUUUUUUAAAAUAUUGCAGUUUUUUUGAGCGAAAUGCGUUAUUAUUACGGGGUUAGCAACAGUAGCCAAAAAUUACGCAUCAAUGAUUUCAUCUUCGGAAAAAAUUGAUAAUCAAAGAUUGCCAAAGUACAGCUAAAUGUAACAUACAUCUCUCGUUAUUUUUAUCUUCGCUCUACUUCGUAGACUGAACCUAGCAACUUGUGUUUCGUUUGGAAUCCUUGUUUCCUCUCGAAAUUGAGGUUGAUUCAAAGAGCUUCUCUUUACUUCUGAGUCAAAAAUCAGUACCUCGCUAGCAAUUUCGAAGAACUACGUUAUGUUCGUUGAGACAUUGUUUUGCUCCUCUUCUUGUUGUACACAUGUCAUUAACUAUCGGAACACUAUCAUUUCUCUUGAGAGAUAAACUUGCUUUCCUACGUUUUCUCAUCGCGACUUCUCAAGCCAGUCAUAAAAAAAAACAGAAAAUAUCAGGUCCCACCUAAGCGAUUCCCGCGCUCCCUAGCAACCUUAACAGAGCCGUCGUCGUCAGUUCAAAUAACUCAAUUCGCUUGAGUAAUUCGCUUCAAACUAGAAAACUGAGGUGUCGCUGAUGUAAUUUUAUCUGGUUGAUAGGAGUGAAACUUGAAAGCACCUGCUACCGUAAUCCUUCAAGUUUUGCUCGGAGACUCCUCUCGGCUUCAAAAUGGGCGAUUUCGUCGUUUCUGAUGGCGUCGUCGAUGUGACGACGUCUUCUGAGCCCUCGACACCUGAAACGACAACACUUGAGCUUCUGACCACCUUGGUGACGUCUACAGCCUCUAGCCUAGCUUCUACCUUCCCUACGGUCCUCAACGGCUCUUCCAGCAGUUCAACCGCUUCUUCUACUCGUUUCCCAAGGCCAAAGAACUGGGUAGCACCGAAUACAACGCGCGGUACGUACACAUUUUCAUGCUAAAGCUUUUCUGACCUUCUUUCUUUUUUUUUCUGAUACUCUCUUCAAUAAUAAAAGGACAUAACUGGCAAGACGAUUCUCCGUUUUUGCACUUAUCUGAAAAUUUGAAAAAAAAUUCUGGUAAUUUUGCUUCAAGGCUUCCUGAUAUCAGAACACAGGAAAAAUAUUCAAUUUCCGAAUCAAAACGUUGAAAAAAAUGAGAAAUAUUUUUUUAAAAAAAUUGAAAGAAAUCAGUCAGAAAGGAAGAUAAAUGAAACACGAUCUGAUCAGAGACUUCAUGCUCAUUUAUUGAAUUCCACAGAUUUGAGAUCUUCUUUUUCACUUUUUCGAGGACACUUCUUAUUCUUUAAUUUUGAAGAACUUUCUAACUAAAAUUAUCAAUUUUCUGUUUGAGUAUACUACAAGUGAUCGUAAAGAAAAGAAAAGAAAGAAGAAAUUUAAAAAAAGCCAAGUUUUGUCUCAUUUUGACACUUUUCAUUACUUCUGACUUGAAUUGGAGGAAGCAAAGUCAUCUCUGAAGAGUUUCUGUUGCUCAUUCUUCCUCCUUGGAGCUCCCUUUCUGCUAUCGAAAGCGCCCUUCUGAAUCAUAACAAGAAAUAAUUUCCUUGAGCAGCUGUUUUUCGGGGUUGUCUUGUCAGAUGGAGCCUACGGUACAACUUUUUUGGGCAAGAUGAGCCCAGGUGCUCGGCAGUUCGAGCAGCACAGCGCUGCUCGUCGAGCCGUGAAAAAAACUCCCCACCUCUUUUAUUAACAUCUGCGUGGAGGCAUACGGUGUCUGAAAGGUGUGUUUAAUUCGGUUUUUCGGCCAGCUUCUUGCUUGUUUCUACUCACUUUUCUCUUUCUAUGGACAUUAACAAAUUGCUCAACAGUUCCGUGUUCUCGCUUGAGUACAGGGACAUUCUAAACAGUCUCACUGCUGCCAGCCUUUAUUUUAAGCUCAAAAAGGAAGAUGAACAGAGACAGAGAGGUUUGGACCGACUUUUACUUCUCAGAAACAGGAAUUCUGUUUCUGGACUUACCUAAGCUUGUAUAAUGCUGGGAGUACUCUACAGUAAAGUUUGAUUAUUUGAGUUUUUUUUACAAUGAUGCCGAAUGGAAAGAGAUAGUUUGAGAAGUUUACCCUUUUCAAUACUUUUUUACAACCUCGGUGUGACCAAGAAAAUACACCGUUUUCUCAUAUAUUUUUUCUCGUGUAUAUAUUUUACGAUUGAGUGUUAUCGAAUAACUAUUACAAUCAGAGCUUCUAAAAUUCUGAAAAGAAAAAGAUUUACUCAAUCGACACUACAGUACUGAAAGACGUUUCUGACUAGUGAGUCAAAAGGAUUUUCUUCUUUAUUUGAAACUUUCUCCAUGAUUAUGAUCAUUAAAAAAUAGGGCUGCAUUCAAAUAUUCCAAUAAAAUCUCUCUUGAGAUAGAAAAACAAAAAAUUUUCCAAAGGAGAAACUUCCCUCUACAUGAGGUUGAACAUCUCCAGAAACAGAAAAGAAACCUAGACUGUUCUGGAAAGAGAGAAGUAUUUGCAGACAUGGAGGCGGGGACGGCCGUUCAACUUCCGGAGCAGACGGUUUUCGGCGUGGUUUGCUGCGUCUCGGUCGGCGUGCUCAUCGUCAUGCUCUACAUGGCCGUUUUCGGGCAGAGAAUCCGCAGCACGGCCAUUCGAUGGCACGUCAUCAACUGCAGCAUUUGGGGCAUCCUGCAUUUGGUACAUCUCAAAAGAUAUCCACAGCAGUAAUAAAUUUGCAAUGAUUCGUUUCCAAUGGCAAUCAGCCUCAUUUCAAAAAAUUAGAACCUUCUUUCCUUUUAAGAGCGCUAUCAACUAGUAAUAAGGUUGAAUUCCUUGAAAAGUAUGAGUGAAAAUGAAAAUGAGCUCAAGAGAAGAAAAACGAAACAAGAAAUAUAAAUCAAAAAAGUAAGAAAACAUCUUUUUCAAAAAGCGGUAGAAGUUUUGAGGGUGAACACUGCUGCAGUUGACCUUCUGGAAAUCUCAAAAAUAUUUGACCUAUCAGGAGUUUGUUUAAUAAUUUUACAGAAAAUUUUUGCCCUACUUGUAAAAACGAGAAACAGCUGAUUUUUUUGAAAUAACGUCCGAAAUAUGAAUAUUAUAAGUAUAAUGUUCUGCAUGCAAGAUUUUUUGGUUAAAAAGCCCGUUUUUUUGGGUGCGAAUUUUGGAAAACUCUGUUCUGACAAGCCUGUUCUCAGCCUGUACUGCAAACUGAGAUAUUCUAUUGUUCUCCUUUCCGUUGCAGUUUUUAUUUUAUUUUGACAGCAAUCGAUAAAAUGCCCAGUUUCAAGAAAAAAAAAGUAUUUUUUUUCCUUUCCGAAAAUCAUAGUUUCCAGGUUUCCUACGCUUCCUUCGCCGACAAGGCUCCCUGGCCCCAGUACAUCAAGAACGAAGAUUGGACGGCGACGAAAAAGCAAGUCGAAUGUUUCACGCGCUCCGUCUUCCCAGCUGGUCUGUUCUCCAUUGGAGAGGUCUUGGUAGGUCCAUCUUCAGGAAUGGUAUUCGUCUAUCUCGAAGCGAUGGUCCUCACCUGCGCUCCGAAACUCGCCAACAACAUCUUCUUCAACUUCAUCUUCUUCCUUUUGCUCGUGCCGUUUCUCAAUGGCCUCAUGAUUUUUUGCUACGCGGCUCAUGUAAGUUUACCCUUUUUAAACAUUUGUAAAGCUUCUGCUCUACUUCUGAGUUUAAUGAUGAAAACUGAAAUAAAAUAACGCCUCUUUGAAACCGUUGUGGAACUAAAAUGAAGAGUUUUCCUCGAAUUCAUAUCCUUCUCUUUCCCCAAACAUUGCACUUCCAGUUCAUGACCUACAAAUGGUUCUACGAGCCGAUCGACCUGUUCAACCUGGUGACAUACGUCCUUUUCUGCAUCAUGACGUUUGUCUACGUGAUCUGGUGCUUGAUCGGAAGCUGCAUGUGCUGCGCGAUGGCCAGCUCCAAACAUUCAUCUAGCAGCGGCGUAAGAGACCGAAAUAGUAGAACAAGUCGAAAAAUAACUUCAGCGGUCACUUGGAACCUUCCUGGACAUGUGGAUGAUGGCUCCUUACGGCGUCGUCCCAUCCAUAAUGUACGGACCUUCUUUUGGAAUGACUUCUAUCGGAUUCGCCAUGAAACAUCUUCUUGUUUGGCUCACCAAAACUGGUCUUCUCGAUGGCCCUGGCGCGGGUGGUAGUGAGUUUCGGAAAUAAAUUCAAUUUUUGAGAUUUUCUUGCCAUCAGAAAUAUUAAUUCAAAAUCAAGCUUUCAAAUAUUUCUAAACUUUCAAAUCAAAUAAAUCUUAACUCUGAGGUUCACAACGAAGCAAAUUUUUGCAGCUGCUUUUAAACCGUUUUAUUGAAUCAAACGAGCGUUUGUAACUCAAUGUUCAACUUUUAGAAAAUCCAAUCAACGUAAUUAUAUUUGAAAAUAAAAGUUCAGAAUUUCUCCAACAAAAUUGAAAACCUUUCAAUUAACCAUUAAAAAAAGGAGCUUGUGGAACCUAUUUUUUCAAAAGGAGGUGGAAGUAUGCUUUUUGAGACAUGGACCUGUCGCUGGUCUUCGAGCUGAUGACUAACGCUCUUCUGGCGUUGCCAUGGUUCGUCCUGCUGUUUCCCCUGGUCCAGUCAGUCCUCACGGUUGUCUGCAUCCGAUGCUUCCGCGAGCAGGUAAUUUUGUUUUUUAACUUUACUACUCAUUUCCAAAAAAGGAGACGUUUCGAAACAUAAAAUUAGCGGGUUUCCAUGGAGACUCGGUUUCUUAACGAUAACAACUGCUCAAAAUCACCUGCUUCAACAUUUUUGGUCAUAUAUUUUUUUCCCUAAGCUUUACUAAAUGGAAGAAAGGAAGAUAGCAGAGGUCUUGACUAGUUUCUCAAUUUUUUUUUUAUUGCGCUCAAAAGAAAAAAAAAAGUGCAAGGUUCAAAAUGGAAUUCGGUAUUUCAUGAAAAAAAAGAAACUAUUUCGAUUUCAGUUCUUCUUCACCGUCUCUUGUGGAAGAAUCUACGAAGGACCGAAGGCCAAAGUCGGCGCCCACAACAUGAAGCUUCAACUGGAGAACGGUAGGAAGUUUCGCUUCUUGCCUCUCCAUCCGAAACGUCUUCAGGACUCGGAGCACCGCCGUCGUACCCCCUCGGCACUCCGAAAUCCGCUUGA